AAACCUCUCAUUCGCUUCACCAUCGCUUGGUGCAUGGCCAUGCCCUGGUGCUCUCGCUCUUCGCUGGUGCUCUCGCUCUUCACCGCUGGGGUGGCUGCUGGUGCGCCGGGUGCGCCCUGCGAGGAGGGCCCGGUACUCAUCAUUGGCUCGGGCAUCUCCGGCUUGGUGGCUGCGCGCUCCUUGCAACACUUCGGAUGCCCGGUGCAGUUGCUGGAAGCGCUCGACCGCCCUGGGGGCCGCACUCACACCUUCUCCUCGGGCCCUUUCGCUGGCCUCGAGGAGGGUGCGCAUUGGGUGCAUGGCGGCACAGACAAUGUCCCGGUGUCAGUGCUGCUGCGCAUGAACAACAUCUCGCAGGUCCGCGUGGGCGGCGACGACGACUACGAAGGUCCCCGGCAGCGCCUGCGGCUCUUCGACGCCUCUGCGCGGCCGCUGGACGCCGCGCGGCGCGAGGUGAGCUUCGAGCUCUUUGAGACGGCGAUGGCGGCGGCCACGGCGUAUGCCGAGGGGCAUUACGGCCGUUUGGACCACGUGGCGGUGGCGGAGGUCUGGGACCUGGCCUUGAAGGUGAAGUAUUCCAAGGAGAGUCGAGCCCUGCUCUCCUGGCACCAGAAGGUCUCCUACGAACAGGACUCGGGCGCAAGCAUGACAGAGCUCAGCGCGGUGGCGGAGUAUGUCGAAGACUACACGGACUUCUACCCCGAUCGCUCCGAGGGCAUGGAAGAGCACGGUGAUGGCUUUGUGCAAGGCGGUUACUCCGCGCUGGUGCGUCGCUUGUCCGAGGGCCUCGACCUCCGCUUGAGCUCGCCCGUGACACGUGUGGACCAUUCGCCGCAGGGCGUCUCGGUGACCCUGCAGAGCGGCGAGCGCGUGCAAGGAAGUGCCGUGAUUGUCACCGCUUCGAUCGGAGCUUUGCAAGCAGAAGGCAUCGCCUUUCAACCCCCGCUGCCCAUCGAGAAGCAGAGGGCAUUGAGGCGUCUAAGGAUGGGAAACGUGGCCAAGGUGUUGGUGAAGCUCGCCCACUCCGCAAGAGACUUUCUAGGCGCUUACUCUUUGGGUUUCCUGGGCAAUGGCACCCUCUCUUACUGCAUCCGUGCGCGCCGAGAAGGCAAGGGGCCUUUCCUGGAAUGCUUCAUGGGAGGCCAUGAAGCAGUCGACGCGGAGCAGAUGGAUUUAGAGGAGCUCACCAGACAGGUGAAGCAGCAACUGGCGCCACUGCUAGGCGAUGCGGACGUGGAGUCGGUGGCCAUCACGCGCUGGGCCACGAAUCCCUACAUCCGUGGUGCUUGGAGCUUCGUCCCCGUGAACGCCAUCGUCCAGGAUUUCGAUACAGUCGCUGCCACCGUGGGCCAGCGGCUCCUUUUUGCCGGCGAAGGGACCUGCCGGCUGCUUUAUGGGAACGUCCAUGCCGCGGUGAUCAGUGGCGCUCGGGCGGCCUGCGAGAUCUUGGGUCGAAGCGGCAACAGCUCCUGGCCGCUCUUCCGAAAAGACCUCCUCCAUUUGUGCACUGAAAGUCCGACAUCUUCGUCGGCUCCAGCGUCAAGGGGACGCCGGAGCGCCAUGCACCUCAUGCGAGCACUGCGGCCAAGCCCAAGCUUGCCACUUGGAGGGCGCCCAAGCACUGGGCGGCCAUCACAUGGAAGUGGAAAGCUCCCUGCGUGUAAAGGACAGACAGUAGCCUCAGUAGCCUUGAAAAAAAAGGGGGCCAGGCGCCACCCACGUAACCAUGGAACGCAAGGCAGGGUGUAGACGAUUUUGAAAGCACACGGUCGACCCACGUUCGGCAUGAUCUCGAGUGAGACAAGGACCAACGUGGGCUACGCCAUGCUACGCCAUGCCAUGCCAUGCUUCGAGUGAUUUGUUUGGGUACAGUACCCUCCGCCUCAUUAACAUGGAAGUGGAUGGCGUGGAAUAGGGUGGUUUCCACUUCCAUGUGAUGUGUUCGGAGUGUCGGUCCACAAGUCUUGGCCACUUGAAGUGUCUACUGCCGCAGCGGACCGGUUUCCCCACUCAAGUAGAACAGGUGGCAAAGGUUGUAUAACCUUCACAGCCUUUUCUCCAGGCAAACUGUUGGGGUUCUGUCCAUGAGACCAACGGUUUCGACCUCAAACUCGAACGUUGACCUCUCUUAUUGACCAGCCUGAGGCUUCUGGUUUGAGCGAUGCAUGGCCGAGUGGAAAAAUGCCGUGCCGAGCGGCAGAGAUCGGGACAUCCAGAGUUCAUGAGCUUGAAGGGGCAUAGAUCAUAGAUCCCCCAAAACAUGGAAGAUUUGGAAGGCUGAAACCAGUUGGCCAUGGGCUUUUGAACAUCAAUUCUAGUGAUGUGUCGUGCUUUGCCCAAACCCUGGAAGAUGUUGAAGGUGCGUUUGCAGAAACCAUCCACCCCGCUGCACCCUCACUGCCACACCAACAAGCGGGCAUUCGACCAGUUGGCCCAGCUCGGCUUUGGAGCAUCAUAAAUUCCACUGAUGUGUCGCGCUUUGUGACACAUGAUUGGUUCCGCAGCGGGCAGGAACAUACACAAACUCCAGCAUUUCCCAGGUGCUUUAUGUAUGCAAUGUGCUCCAACCACACCAAUGAAGGUAAAUAUGCCAAUGCUUUCUCAACCCACUUGGAAGAGCCGACACUGAGCCGACACCCAGGACUUGGGCAUUCAUUGCUCAGCCUCCGAGAUGGUUUCCUCUUCCCAGUCUUCCGGCGACGACUCCAGGCCUGGUGGAAGGAGAUCCUUUUCGAUGCUCAGCGUGUUCUCAAAGAGUUCCGGUGAGGACGGACUCACCGCGCAGGAUUUGCCUUUGGCCGGUUUCCAGACCUGGGCACAUCUGAGCACCACUU